AAGAAGGGACGCAAUUACCAAAUAAAUGAAGCGCAAUAAAGCGCUGACGGUAGCAACAGUGAUAUACUAAAAUUCAACGAAAUUGGCUGGUUAAAAGAAGCAUGGUUAAGUUUUUAAAAAAGUAAAAAUAACCUAAGAGGGUCCCCAGUAGCCCAUAUCGUUUGUACUUUAGAGCAGAGGUAGGAGGAGGGUUUGUGUUGAGAAAGUUUGCCGCGACCUCUCAUCGCCUAUUUAGUGAAGGGAAAGGAAGAAAACCACCUGUAAGCUCAGAUUUCUAUCAGAGCAACCCUAAAAAAGCAAGUCAUUCAAAUAAAUGACUAUUCAUUUUACUGAAUAUGAGAAUUUCACCCUCCCAUUUGUCGUACAGCGACACACACCGCCAUCAGUCUGUUUGACAAAUGUUGCUGACCUCACAAACGGGUAAGUUGACGUUCACCUGUCGCUGUCAACCGAUAACUGUCACGUCCUUUAAUGUCGACAAAUUAGAUGAAAAAACUCUUGUUUGUUAACAUUUUUCUGUACAGGAGUUGUCUAUAUUGUCUCAGUCAAGCUGGCGGGAAAAUAGAGUUUGUUAGGUUUAGCUUUUAGCUAACUUGUUGUGUCAGCUGGCUGCAGCAAAAGCUAGAAAGACAUUAUCACUUUCUGCUGUCAAUAGUUUUACCUUUAUAACUGAAGCGUACUUAUUUUUGUGUUCAAACUUAAGCCUGGAUUAAGACUGAAAAAGUCACUCCCUUAACUUUGCUCAAGCUUUUAUGCUGAGGAACAGGAUCUCUGUGUUACUUAAUAUUUCUAAAGGAAAAAGCCUAAAAUAUAGUUGAAUAAAUAUACAGGUAUAUACCGGUAGAAAGGGUUUUUCACCUGAACUCAGUCUACCUCCUGAAGCCUCUUAUCAAGCUAGAUCCUCCAUAUUUGCUGCUCUUUUUCUGAGAGUUUUUACUCCAACCUGAUCUUCUCAUGGUGUGGUAUUCUUAUGAAGUUUGACAUGCUGCACAUACAUGGUUAGAAGUACUUUCCAGGUAUUUUACAGAGUUGAGUGGAAUCAAAAACAAGUGUUCAUGUCCCUUAAUAAUUGACAAUAACUUUAAUGAUAUCCAAUGUUAGUCUUCUAUUACAAGACUAACUCCGAAUGAUCAGACUACCUUUAAAAUAGAUAUUUUAUUGCAUUAUUAGAUGUAUUUUUUUAGUAACUGAUCUAAAUGUGCUAUAUUGAUUGACCUCAAGAAUUGAAAGCCGCGGGUAAUACUCGCUCUCUUCUCUGGCUGCAGGAGAAGCUGUGAAGAUCAGUGACAUGGCACAUGAGGAGCAACCAGAGAUCAGCAUAAAAAAAAACCAAGAGUGUAAGUCAAGUACAUCCAUGUAUCAGCCAAGUGCAUAUGUUCUGAGUAAGCUUUGCUUUUAACUUUGAAAGGCUACAGGGUAUCUGUUACCCUCGUGUUACUUUAAUCUGACUUGAUUUAAGGCCAUGAAGGUUAAGGUUAGAGAGAACGACAAGAAGUAAACUUUUAUCAGUAUUGUUUUAUAACAAUCUAAGUUUACUGUAAAAUGUACAAAGUAGUUCAAGUUGAAUUAAUGUCUUAUUUUAACUGCCCAAUGUGUCUUCAGCUUGUAUUUGCAAGAGCUGAAAAAAAAUCUUCAUCUCAAAUUGUAAAAUUAACAUGCCUGCAAUGUUGCUGCAAUGUUUCAGUUCAGGAACAAGACAAAGUUUUAUUUGGAUGGUAAAGAUGUUUUUUUUGUCGUUGCAGUGCUGGUGAAGGCUCAGUUGCUGCUAAAAGACAUAGAGGAGCUACUGGACUCUUGUGCAUCAGCACAGCCCUCCAACCAGAGACAGGUAAGAGUCACAAUCAGAAUCCAAAUCAGGUUUAUUGUGAAAGAGGUUUGCACUUACAGGGAAUUUGUUUAGGUUUUUCAGUACAAAAAUAAUAGACACAGUGGUGGUGUAAGUAGAAUAAAUACACACCAGUAUUCAUACUAUCAAGAAACUCAGAUGGGAUCAGAUAAAAAUACAGGAUAUAUCUAUAUAUAUGUAUAUAGAUUAUAUAUAUAUAUAAACCUUCAUGAUGUCCCACUUCUACUUGACCCCAACAGGCAGCAGUUUGCAGCAUGGUCUGGGUCAGUUUACAAAGUGGCAGGAGUGUGAAUCCUUUGACAUAUUUAACCUUAACCACACUAUCUUUUGGGAACUGAGUUGUCCACUUUGUUGUAUGAAGUUUCCCUUCUUUCCCUGCUGACACUGCAGCUCUAAUGUUAUAGAUUAACCAGAGAGGUAUAAUCAGUGUAAUUUAUGUCAUCCUGUCUUCAAGGCACAUAAUGAAACAGAUAGGACUAUUACAUUCACUCAAUACUGAGGUCACAAGUGGUCAUGUUACAGUAGAUCUCAACAGUUGCGUAGCAACACAGCUAAUUUGCCCUUUCAGCUGCAGAGCACUUGCUAGAGAUGUAAACUGAAUUGCCGUCAAUGAAGUUGUCAGUUGAUGUAGAAUUUUUUUAUGUAUUCCUCAAAUUAUGUAAUUCUCACUGCAAAACAAUCAACGCCUCUGAGCAUCUCCAACACGGGCUGCCAUUAAAGUGAUGAAGGGACAAACAGCAUUAAGCAUUAAAUCCUCCAGAUCUAUUCUGCAAAGUUCCUGAAAGGCCGACAAUUUUUUUUUCCUCAAAACAUUUGUUCAGAGAGGAAAUAAUAUAUUACCCUUAAGAACAACAUGCCUCUGAAGCACGGUGCUCUGAUUUAGGAGCUGUUAUUUUUCUGUCAGUUGAUUUACAAGAACCCUGAUGGCUCUGUUGAUUUAAUCCUCACUUGUCGCCGUAUUUCUUCGGAUUCUGGCUGAGGCCCAGUUGGAUGACACUCCCAACUUCAGUUCCAUCGACAAAGACUGCAGUUUGUUUUGCUGUUGCUCCAAAUGGAAACACAACUAUUCAUGAGUGGCCUUCUCUUGACAAAAUUGGAGAUGUAGGCAGUCAUCUAAAGGUCUGGGACCAUGCUGGCAAAAGAAGUCAGAGGACUGUCUUUGGAAGGCCUCUCUACUCUCAAAUAUAUUUACAUAUAUUUGUAGACAUGCAGUUCAAACCCAUGUGCCUUCCAUCUUUUUAUUACAGAUACUGCACAGCACCAUUUUGAACAGUGAUAGAUCUACAAGUGACCUUGUUAUUAUUUGAUGUGCUCAGGCAUGCUAUGCACAGCAUGGUCUGGUGUUCAUGAAGUGUUUUUGUUGUGACAGAUUCAGCAGGAGCAUCAGGACAGCACGGAGCAGGACAUAGAGACCUUGGUCAUGGAUGGCAUCAGGUUUGAGAGUGCAGCCAGCUGGGAGGACCUGAGGAGGCUGAGUUCACAGGCUGCUGGUGCAGGAGGACGUCAGGGUGACACAUGACUGAUGGCUACUUUAGUGGUUUCACUGCACAAGGCCAGCAAGGUGAAGCAACUAACAGAGGUAACCGUGGCAGACAAAGAGCUAACAUAUGACAAAUGAUGGAGGGGGGAAAACAAUUGGCAUGUUUCUGUCUUCACAACAGAGCGCUGACACUCUGCUUAAUAUACACUUUAAAGGUAGAUGUUUCGCUUUGUGCUGAAUGUUCAUGUUGGACAUAAUUUGCUUGUUGAAAGAUGGUUUUGACUUCAGUUAAAAGUUUUAGAAUCCAGAGCUACAGUUUAUUUUGAGUGUUGUUUGUAUUAUAGCACCAAGGAAACAUCCUUAGAGGAAAUAUGAGAGGCAGAAUGCCAUUGUGGAAGGCAACGGUCAUGUCCGCUCUUUGUAUUUAGCUUCAUGUCCAAAUAGCAUGGUGCAUUCUGCAGUUGCAGUAAAGUAAUCUGUGAUGGUAUAUACUCUACAGUUAAUUCUUUUUUAUAUCAUCAGAGUUGCUGCCUUUUAAUACAGUCUGGAUCUAUUCAGUCUAUCUCUAUUCAACAAAGUUUGUGGGUUAGAUGGGGACAUUGCUUUUUCUUUGAUUACACAGCGCUGUUAGAGUAUUCAAUGUGCUUUCUGUUUGUGCCACACUGUAGAUCAUCUCUGUCCCUGAAAGCCCCUCCAUUGCACUGCCCAAAGUCAAGUUAUACUGCCCAGCAUACUUGUACUACAGUCAGACUAAAGUGUGAAAUCGUUCUGACAGUUAUAUUUUGCUAUCUGAAGGUGUUCUGAAGGAGAUCUUUUAACCCUCAAAUGAAAUGACCCCAAGCAUAGGCCUUUGACAUUAUAAAUCAGCAUAAGUUCGAAUUUUUUUGUUCUCUUUUAGGUCCCUAUGACUUGCUGUAACUGUGGUUGGAAAACUGGGAUUCAAGUCAUUUGACACAAAUUUUUAUUUGUUUUGAACACAUUUCAUUAAAAAAACAGCAUCAACCCUCUGUAUUUGAGGAUAAAUGUCAUGAUUAUUUCUAAAAGGAACUGAUUGAAUGUGAUAUUCUUUUUCACAUUAAGUACUGGGCAGGAGAUAGAGCCGUCGUCCAAUAACUGGAAGGUUGGCGGUUUGAUUCCCCCCCUAUCCCGAGUCUGUCCGUUGUGUCCUUGGGCAAGACACUUUACCCACCUUGCAUCCAGUGUGUGUCCUCCACUGCUGUAUGAUUGUGAGUGUUGUGUGGUGGUGGUCAGAGAGGCCAUAGGUGCAAACUGGCAGCUACGUUUCUGUCAGUCUGCCCCAGGACAGCUGUGAUGGAUGGAUCCGAUGUAAAGUACUUUGAGGGUCUCUGAUAAAGCGCUAUAUGAAAUCUGAUGCAUUAUUUGAUGCAUUAUUACUCACAGCACACUGUUGAACACAUUUUAGAACUUUUCCGAGGUUGAGUUAAUUCUGCAGCAGAAAUGGGAAAAAGAGCAUAAAACUAUGCAACUUUGAUCUGAGUGUGCAAAAGGCAGCCAGUUGCAGUGUCAUUAAGAAGAACAUGAGUAUUAGCUCUUGGUUACCUCAUAGACCUUUACCUCAUAGUCCCUUUAGUAAACAAACUGUUGACUAAAUAAUCACCCCAGACUUAAAACGAAUAAGUCUUGCCUGGUCAUGUAAAGCUCUGUGUGAAAUGGAAAAGUAAGCUGUUGUGAAUCUAAAGUGAACAAACAAGACCUGCCAGUAGAUUAACAAGUGUCAGAGCAUCAAUGUAACCAAUUAACAAACUCCCAAUUAGAAUGUCUGCUCUGUGAUUAGGCCCAGAAGUUUACCAAGCAUUAACAUACUAAACAGACCAACAUAAUAUAUGCAAAUAGGGUCAUUAUUAUGCAUGUGCUAGUUCACUGCCCAAAUGAAGUGCUUGUUUGGAGCACACAGGAUGUGUUUGCAAGCCAGAGCUCUAUGACAGCAUAUUACAGGAAUAAUGGUCACUUGAAAAAUCUUUUUCAAUUUACAUUUGGCUGUGAGCUUCAGCAUCCACUGGAACCCCAACGGCAGCCUAAAUCAAUUCUGGUAACCCAUUUAAAGCUACAGCGAGUGAGAAAUCAUUUGUAUUUUAAAGAGAGAGGCUUAAAUAAUAAACAGUGUGGACACAAUGAUAGUGCUAACACACACACCCACACACUUAACUCACAAAAAGAAGACUUCUGCAAUCAGACUAAGAGUCAGAAAAAGUGGAGAAGCAUUCAGCAGAUGCUGAAUUAGUAAUGACAGAAGUUUGCAGGCUGGCUGUGUUGAUUGUCAGAUUUUUGUCCUAAAGUGCUGCAUGAAUUAUUGAUGUUACAGCCUAUGUAAUUAGAUGUUGAUGAGAAAAGACUGGACCAGGAGAAGUCAAGCUCUUGCUGUUUCUUUGGAAAUGAUUAAUCAGUUGCUUAGCCCUUAAUCAUUUUUGACACUUUUAGGACUCUGGACCUCUUCUAAAAGCGACGGCCACACUCACAACCUCCUCACAACUCCUUACAGCAGAUUGACUCCGCUGUGCCGUGUGGUAUUUUUCUGGUUUGUGAUUGAAGUUGUGGUUCGAUGCUCUGAUCAUCUCAAGCCUGUUUUAGAUAUAAACAUCUGUUGCCCAUAAAUCUACAUAAAUGAAACUGUGGAUGCUUGUUAUUGUCACUUUACACCAGAAGAGGGCGCUGUUUCUCUGGUAUUUGGUUGCACUGGUCUGUAAGGUGAUAAUAGUUUGUGAGAGUAAGACAUCCAAAGACAUAUGAAACACACUGUAACACACUCCAGAGAUGACAAAAGGCCUAUGGUUUAACUCUGUAAAUUGUCUUUCACCUCAUUAUAUGAAAAAAUUGAUCAAAUUAGUUUGUAAUACAGAUUUUUUGUGUACUCACCUUGUCUUUUGGCAGAGGAUUCACCUGCCAUUAAUCACCAGAGAGACAUGUUUGGGUGUUGGGAGUCACAGUACACCCUCUAUGAUCCCCUUCUCCGCAAUAUAACACCCCAUCAAGUACAACUGCACUGCUGCAGUUAAAGUUUAGGAGCAGUGAUGCCAGCAGUACGGUCAUACAUCACACUGCUGUCUCAGAGUUGUUUCACACUGCUGAACUAAACUGCUGCAGCACAAAUUACACCUAGAGUCGACAUAACUCCAGUAUUUUUCUCCCUCUGUUUCCAAACACUGGGGAAGUUUGACAGCUGUGGAUUGCCAUGAUGUGGCGAAGACUUAUUGCCCAUCAAAUGCUUGUCAGGCUGCACUGAGAGGAAUGUUGUCAGAAACUUUUGUUGGAGGCAGACUGGAUUUUGACAAACACUUGAUGAGAAAAUGGCUAAACCAAAGAUUGUAUCACAGGUUUGUGCAUUUUGUGUGGGGCUCGUACCUUUGCGAAAAGGUUCUUGGCAAUCCACUGGGAGUUUUUGUAUUGUGCUUUAAACCCGAAGAAAAGAGCCUGCUUACCGAUUCAACACAGACCCUGAAACUGUGCCACGUAAUCAAGAACUGGCCUUUUUUAGACAACGUGGGGGUCAGCCAUAUUCAAGGCCCCCUGUAUAUGUGUUGGUACAGCAGAAGACAUCCCUGUAGACUGGGAGAGUGUAGCUGCAGCAGGGCAUCCAAGGCCCUUCCUUUGUUUUUGCUGAGCCAAUUAGAGAGAGAUAGCAUCUGCUAUGAAGGGAGAACAAUGGCUUGUUCACUGUGUGUUGGAAUACAUGUGUGUUUGGAGAAAGUUUGUGUGUGUAUGUCUGUGGGCUAGUUAGUGAGUCUGUGUGUGUAUGUGUGUGUGUGUGUGUGUGUGUGUGUGUGUGUGUGUGUGUGUGUGUGUGUGUGUGUGUGUGUGUGUGUGUGUGUGUGUGUGUGUGUUUCUUUAGCUACUGUACAUAUACUAGCAUGUGGAAUAUGUGUUGUGAAUAGAAAUGAGAGGGGGGGGGGUGUUGUGUAAAGCAGUGAAGAAACAAGAAAAUGACUGGCUACAAAGUAUGACAGACAGCAUAUGGCUUCAUCUGCUGUGAUUUAAACUUCUCUCUCUCUCUCUCUCUCUCUCUCUCUCUUUCUCCCUCUCUCUCACACACACACCACACACACACACAGGAAAUCACCAGAGGGGCAAAUAUAAAUUAAAAAGACUUCCUGCAUUUCUGCGCUCAGGCACAUACAAUGCCUAUAAUUAAAAAGUCACUGCUGUUGAGUGACACUCGGGCUCACACUCACACUAAGUUUGUGUCCUCGCUCCAACUUCUGAGAAACUUUUUGACAGGAAGUGCAGUGAUGAUUUCACAGCAUGCCGUAGCACUCCAUCUCUCCAAAGGACCUGGAGGUCAUUAACCCCUACCCGCUGCUGUCUUGAGCUGUGCAGAGUUUGAUGACUCCUCUUUUCUGGCUAAGGAGUGAAAAGAGCGAGGUAGUGAUGAUCAGUGAGUGUGUGUGUGUGUGUUUAGCAGAGCUAGCUAGCACCCCUGGCUUGGCCAGCCGGCUCCACCAUAUGGCCACAUUUAUCAUGUAUCUCACUAUUCAUUAAGACUGCCCUUGCUGGCUGCAGAAGCACUGCUGGGGGCCUAAACUUCACCUCAGAAACACUGCGGACGACUGACUGCAGUCCACUGUAAUUUUGGGUGUGAAUGCUGCAAAUUUAUAUAAUUAUAUCCUGCCGGACCCUGUGAACCAAAGGUUAUUUUGCACCAGAGGAAACAUUGAUUAAACUGCAGGUCUUAUUCAAUUAUUAACCAUAGUAAUAUAACACUUUAUUAUGCCUAAAUGUGUAAUUUGUGUUUGAAAGCCCUGCAUGGAUGCAGAGAUCAAUUGUCUGUGUACAAUCUCUCACAGUGUGCAGUUCCCCCAUACUGCGUGUCAUAUUUUAGUGACACCACAAACAAAACCACACUCUGAUUGCAGAAACAAAAAAGAAAAAAGAACCUUCUGCAUUUUUAUUAUAAAGAUGCUGCUGUGUAUUUAUUUAUUUUGGACUUUUAUUUAAAUGAACUCAUCUCCUUUGGCUGCUCUGAGACCUAUUAAAUAACCUUAGUCUGUGGUAUUGCUAUGUUGCAAUUAAAUGCAGUUUUUAUCUCCAAACAGUCAAACUUCUGCAUUCAUGGCACACUCGAUGAUGAAUGUUGUUUGUUAAACAUGUCAAAAACAACAUUUUUUAGUCUUGAAUUUAAACUCUCCUCGAGCCUGAGAGCAAUGUCAGUUAGACUCAAAUCCUUCCACUUUAAUCACAACGUUGCGUGUCACAAGAUGGGCAGAAAUGUACAUUUAGACAUGAAGUAUUAAUGGAUGCUUUCCUCCUUGGUAUACAAAUAGUGCUCUGAUUGAAACAUCAGUCUUGUUCCCGGAGCUAACUUUGGCAGAGCAAAAUGAUUACCUGAGCGGGGGAGUUUGCAGUUUGAUUUGCUUUCCGUGCAGCGUGUCAGACUGUAUUUACACAGUGCCUCAUUUCUGAUGUUCUUCUUCUUGGUUUAGUUCUUUUGCUAGAAUCUGGAUUUUUACUUUUCCUGUUUGAAGACAGGGAUGUGAAACAGGACUGACAGUGAUACCCCAAAACCUUUGCUGUUGAACAAGAUAAUAGAAAACAUUACUUCUGGUGCAAAAGCUGAACUGGAACUCUCCCUGGUUGUCUGUUGUGGAUAGGGGUGUCGCGAUACAACUUUUUUACCUCCGAUACGAUACCGAUAUUAUAGCCUUCAGUAUUGUCAGAUAUCGAUAUUGAUUUGAUAUUGGCACAAAAUUGUGUAUGACAAGUUUUGCAAUGUCUUUUUUAGACACAAAUGAAAAAUACUGCCACAGGACCGACAUCACUCCUUCUCCUUGGUAGUACCUUAGUACACACUGUUGUUGUGAUCACGUGGGCUCUGCAUGCUGGAUCUGGUUGCUGCUAGAUAGAGGUACUGGAGGGUAGUCUGGAAUGGACUGCUUGAAUUGGAGCGCUGAUAUCGGAGAUUUUAGAUGCAGGCCGAUAUAAUCUGAUAUCAGAUUUUUUGCUCAUCCGACCAAUAUCAAUAUCAUAUCAGGACACCCCUAGUAGUGGAGUUUAUACUUCUGUGUGUGUGUGUGUAGUUAUUUCUCACAUCUUUGUAACUGUUAGUUAUUUUUGUCUUUUUUAAACUUAUUGUUUACUAAUUAAACAUUUUGAAAAACAAGUACUGAAGUUGAUGAGUUGAUAUGCUAUAGCAUAGCUGCAUAACAGUUUUCCUUUCCUUUUCAUGUAACGAACUUUAAGAAGUCUGUGGUCUCUGAAAGAAAUGUGGUUUUGAGGAGCUUUAGUAUGUGUCUCUUUGUGAAUAUGUACCAGACAAAACAGGUGGGAAGCUCAAACCUCACUCUGAUCAAAUGUUUACUUGUUGAGCAUCCAUCUGCUGACAGCCUCCUCACUGGCAACAAUUUGAAACUAUCAGCUCAAAGAAUCUGCAAAAGUGUCAGACAGAAUUAUAAUGGGUGUAAAAAAAAGGUGAUUUUCUGGUUACUCUUCCUUUGUUAAUGAAAUAUAAUUCUGGUGGGAAGCAUUUCUAUCAUGAGACUUUGCGCAAGAGGAAAAAAUUGACGAAAUAUAAGAAGUCUAGAGACUAAACCUCAUUGUGACAUCAGUGCUUAAUGGAUAAGCACACCAUGGGCUUUGUAUUUACAUCUACCGCAGUGAGGUCUAGACAGCACUGGUGUUGAAGAAUGGAGGAACUGUGAGCCUCGCUGGAGAUCCAGAUAAAUGCGAUCUGGACAGGAUGUAAGAUGAGCUCAUUGGACACCUGGUUCUCAUGAAAACAAGCUCUGAAGGGGUAGACAAGCUCAGCUGCUUCAAUCCAACGCUUUAAUAACAGUCAAGUGUUAAAAGUUGGCUUCUUCAUGCACCUAAAAAGGAUGUUCCCACAGACUCUGUUGUGAAAGGCUUUAUUUGGAUCAACAACUUACCACCUAAAACAUCAAGACUGUGAUAUGAAGGUCUGUAUUAUCAGGAGUGUAUUGAGGGAUGUAUUAUGAAGUAUAAGUCAGAAAAGAUACGGCAGUUUUAUUAUUAAAUUUUACCAUUUAAAACACAAGGUGCAAAAGUUUUCUAACUGAUCAAACUAAUGCAGUUAAUUAUUUUUUGAGUGGUUAAUUUGAACGUCACUUGAGGAGUUUUAUCACGUUUCUUUUGGUGACUCCUGUUGAAGCUCAUUGCUGACCCUUUCCUGUAGGGCUGGGCGAUAUACCAAAAAAUUACUGAUACCCAAAUUUACAAAAAUAACCAUUUUGCCCAUGUCAAUAUAUUUUGUGUCACAAAAAAUGAAUAAAAGUUGGUUUUAGAUGUGUGUAGGUAGGCUAUGGUCUCAUGUCCCUUUUAAGACGCUGUCCUAGGUCAGAUACGUGACUCCACCCCAUCCAGUCUGUAACAAAGAGGGAAAGACAAGGUGAGGAGAUGGAGGACGGUUCAAAAGCUGUAGCGGCUGGAGCAAAGUAGACGAAGUCAAUGUGGGAGGGGGUGAGCAACAUGUGGAGUAGUUAUCGUCCAUUUAUCGUUAUCCAGGUAAAGUACUUAAUAUAUUGUGAUAUUGAUUUGAGGCCAUAUCGCCCAGUCCUACUUUCCUGUACAUGAUUGUGUAUUAUUCUUUGAUAAAGUUCCCUUUCUGUCCUUUAAGGGUGCAACAGAAACCAUGUGUCAAACAUUUGGAGUAUGGAAAAUGCCAGGCACUUCUGGUUCAUGUGCUGGUGAUUAGUUUUGUCAGAUGUCAAAGAUAACUUCAUAUUUACUGUGUUUUCUGCAGAAGUACGCGCUGUACCUUAGCUUCUGUGUAUGUAUCACACUCAUUAUUGAGAAGAACAACAGCUCGGUUAAAACCCCACUUUCCCCCUCUACAAACUACCUUAAAAACUAAAGUUGUUUAUUCGAGGACUGCGCUGGGACGGUGAGCCAAGCUUCUGUUUCUGUUUCUCUCUGUUAAGCAUCAAACCAUCAAACACCAAGCUUGACUGAACUGCCCUCAGAAAAUCACAGACAGUUGUUGUGCCUGUCAUUUUUAUCUCUGGAAGAAGUCUCUGAAUUUCUCCCUCUGUGUAACACACUUGAUUUUCCUCUUGUCCUGCCUGUCCGUCUUCCUCUGUCUCUUCUUGACGGUUUGACAGCGUGGCAGCAGUGGAGAGACGUCUUCAGUCUUGUUGGGGGGGUGGGGGUGUCAACAGGAGUGAGAUGUCUGUCUCGUCGUCACUGAUUGUCUUGUGUGUGGGUCUGGGUGUGCCCGUGUUUGUGUGGAUUUCGAUGCUUGUGUGUGGGUUCUUCAGGUGUGCAAAUGUUUUGAACGUUGAAUUGUUUCAGUGCGCCCUCUUUUGAGGUGCUUUGCAUGAUUGUGUAGGCCUUUGCAUUGUCACUAGAUUUCUAUAGUUGUUGUGACAGUAUGUCACCCCAUGGAAGCAUCAAAGGAAGAAGCUUGUCUUUCUCAUUAUUCUCUGAUUACAGAAGCUUUGAUGAUAUAGCACAACCCAAUAUUUUACAUGAAUUAUAAAUAGUGUGGAUUUUUAUAGGCUACAAGAACACUUGACUUGCAGUAAAGGGUAUAGAGAUAGGAUUUGAGCUAAAUGCUGUACUUCAGAGCAUUAAACACAGCUUGAUACUCCUAAAGAUUUUAUUAUGCUAGCUGCUUGCUGCGCAGUAACAGUCUUUAGUGUUUUUCUUUCUGAUUGCCUUUAAAUAUGAAUUCCUCCCAUGCUUUCGGGUGCAUUUGAGGAUUUGCAGAAUCAAAGACGAAAAAGAAGAAGUGUGCUUCAACAGUUGGCAUUUGAAACAAUACUUUAAUAGUUCAUGCUUUUAAUCCCUUUACCUGGUGUGCUGCUUUCCUCUUUCUGGUGGAUUGUGUACUCCCUCUCAUGUAUAAGCUUCAAAAUUCUGCAGUGUAACUCCUAAAUGCUACCAUUGAGAGAGACCAUAUCUUCUCUGGACUGACCUUUCUAUACUUGCAACCAGUAGAGUUAAAAAAAUAGAUUUUUGGAUUCUUGUAUUUAUUUUUGAAACCCUGCAUGGACUGUGGAGCACAUCUCAGAAUAACUCACCCUCUAUUCCACCUCAGAGCUGGCCGUUGACUGCUCUCUGUGCCACAUAGUAAGUCGGAGCCCGAAACAUUAAGCUGUUUCAGUCGUUAGCCCAAACUCGUUUAACACUUACAACAUCUCCAGUAAAACCUGUUUAAAGCGUAUCUCUUUUCUUUAGACUCUAAGCGGUCGAGACAAAAGCCCGGCUAUUACGUGUUGUAAUUUAUUGGUUUUUGUUGUGAAUGUGAAAAAUGCUCAAAUGAAUGGACUCAUUUCCUUUUCUUAAUAUCUGUCUUUUUUUCUUCUUCAUGUCUGUUUUUCUCUGAAAAGCUCUCACAUCCUCCUUUAUUGUCUGUGAAUGUGCUCCAUAAUGAAUUGAUAUUAUUUGGCUUUUAAGUCUCAUUGUAGUCUAGGUAAUGUUCACAUGUCCGUCCACAGCAGCUCUCUUCUCAGGGAGGAUGAAGAGUGAGACCUGGUUCCAUUAAAAACCUGGUUCAGCAUGUUUCAAAACCAGAAGAUCAAUAACGUUUAAGCUUAUCGAGUCUGCUAUCAAGUCUGUGCAAAGAGGUCCAAAAUGUGGCUACAUUUCACCAAAGCUGAAGUGAAAGUGAAGUGAAAUGCAAAUAAAUUUCUUGCGAGGGGGAAACACAACCUCAAUGGCCAAGCACAUCAGCAUUGUACAUUAAAUCAAGCCCAAAUGCAGAACCUUUGAUUGUCAUCCUCCUCCUCCACCUAAAGCAGCCAGGGAAGGAACACCCAGACUUACUGCAAGUCAUUAUCCAAUGGUGAAAUCAAAGUUAAAAUCAGCAGGAUAUAUGCUAGGUUGCUAACUAACCGAUAUGACCUCUGAUUGCAUUGUGAGGUGUUCAAGGUCAAGUAAGUAAAAAGAGAAUGAAGUAAAAGUAAAUAAUUCAUUAUCAUGUUGUGUUCAUAUGUCACUUUCAUAAAAAUAAGCCUGUACAAAUACAUCUGUUUAGAAGAUCUGUAUAAGUAUAUAUUACAGAUGGAAUUACAACCUGAUAGACUUACCAACACAAGCGCUCAUGACAUCAAGUUAAUGUAUUAACUUAGGUUCAGGAGCAAGGCCACGCCUUCACCACACCUCCAAUCACCUGACUAGCCUACAUAUACACAUCCAUCCCAAUACACUCUUGCUGCGUCCGAAUUGCCAAGUAGUAGUCGAAGUAGUAUGUAGCAUGUCCGAAUUGGCCACCGGAGCGAGUAGCAUGCUACUUCAGAUACUACUUUAGGUACUAGACACACCCACAUUGUAGUAUGGUCGCAGUGCAUCCUACGGGCAUGCUACUAACCCAAAAUGCACCGCGGGCUUCUUCUUCGUCCUCUUAAAAGUUGUAGAAGCACAUGUGAUGCUAGCGCCACCAGCUGCUGCCUAUUUAGAUGCAGCAGCAGGCGGGACCGCAGCAGUACAGAUGUAAGUCUCGUGUAACUUCACGCACUAUUCUAAAAAAUGUGCGGUUGUAUCUCUUUGUCAUGUCAUGGUGUCAUAUUUGCCUAAGUAAUCAUUUUAUGAGCAAAUAUGUGGCGACAUCAUGGAGGUAAAGCUCACUUAUUCCAUCAUUAAACUGCACAGCUGCAGUAAUCAGGCAGAUCUCAUUGAACAAACGAUCAUCACUUGCACAAUUACCAUUCAAAGAGUCUAAAACUGUCUGCACGGGCGCAGUACUUACUCUCUGCCUGCGGGGGUCGUCUUUCCCCACCGCUCGUCUAGUGUGUCCGAAUUGGGCCAACGUGUUUAGUAUGUAGGAGUAGGAUCUAGCAGUAUUAUGUAGCAGUAGUAUGUGGUAUGCGAGCGGGCAAUUCAGAUGCAGCAUCUGUUUUUCUGCCUCCCUCUUCAAAACUAAUGCUUCUACCACCUUCCUGGUCUGCCUCUCUCUGAUCUCAGUCCAUUUUCAGGUACAGUCUGAGUUGGACUAAGCUCGGGCAGAACAACGCCUGAGAUGGAACCCCCAUCCUGAGUCUCUCCCUGCCGGGCCUCUACAGAACCUCCCAGACCUACAAGACAUUCAACACUCCUCAUUAGCCUCAUCAUCCAUCACAUCAUACACACAACAAAG